AUUGGAGAGCGAGGCACUAACCUGAGCGGUGGGCAGCGCCAGAGGAUCAGUCUUGCCCGGGCUUUGUAUAGCGACAGGAGCAUCUACAUCUUGGAUGACCCUCUCAGUGCCUUAGAUGCCCAUGUGGGUAACCACAUCUUCAACAGUGCUAUCCGGAAGCACCUCGAGUCCAAGACGGUUCUGUUUGUUACCCACCAGUUACAGUACCUGGUCGAUUGUGAUGAAGUGAUCUUCAUGAAGGAAGGCUGCAUUACAGAAAGAGGAACCCAUGAGGAGCUGAUGAAUUUAAAUGGAGAUUAUGCUACCAUUUUUAAUAACCUAUUGCUGGGAGAGACACCACCAGUGGAG